AUGAUUUCAAUACUAACAAUACAUUUGUUUUUAUUGAUAGCAACAGAGUGUCGAAGUGUGUUUGACGUGGACGAUAGGUAUUUGCUGAGUAACUUGAUUAAGGAGGAGCAGGAGAGGUUCACACUAUACCGGUUGACGCUCUCAGACGUGCCAUCGGUAACGAACGCAGAGGACUUUAAAGUGGACUUAAUAGGGUCUGAAUUUUUAAUGAUUAGAGUGGACAACACAGCAAUACAGUGGAGGAUAAGACUAGAUAAUAGAGUUCCUAACCACUUGGUUUUCUACCCGGAGUUCGCAGUAAGUCUGCUUUCAAGCCACAAAACACUGUCAACAUGGGAGGUGUUUGUUAGAAUACCUAAAUUCUUUGACCUGAAUCCGACGACACUUAAAAUAGAUGAAUUAUAA